AUUGGGAAAAAAAAAAUUCAAACAGAAAAAAGUCAUAGUGAGAUUGCGUACAGAAUGGAGUACAUUCGUCAGCCCUGUCCCAUACGGAUUGUCGAAGAUACCGGCUGUGCCUUCAUGAUGGGCACCAUUGGCGGGGCCCUGUUCCAGUAUAUGAAGGGAUUCAGAGAUGCCCCGGCGGGACUGCGUCGCCGGUUCAGUGACGGACUGGUUUCGGUGAAGCUAAGGACCCCCGGGAUCGCCGGCAGCUUUGCCGUUUGGGGUGCCACCUUCAGCACGGUGGACUGCACGCUGGUCCACUACAGACAGCAGGAGGACUCCUGGAACACGAUUAUGAGCGGCGCCGCAACUGGUGGCAUACUCGCCGCCCGCCAGGGUAUCCGGCAAAUGGCAAGUAGUGCGAUUUUUGGGUGUCUGGUGAUGGCGCUGAUCGAAGGAGCCGGCUCAGUAGUGGCCACCAUCUAUGCAGACGAAGAUCCAUCCAUCGCUCCAGGAGAGACCCAAGACAAGCCGCAACGUCCCCAGUGGGACGUGGUACAGGAGGGUUCCCAAAAUGAUCAGCCCGGCCACAUGGGCACUUCCACCCACUCGUUGUUGGAUCUGGUCAAGAUGGCCAACGGUGUCAUCAAGUGAAUUUAUCGCUAGAAUAGUCUUGUAUUUGUGGCCCAGUUCCAUACAAAUUAUGUUGAAUAUCCAUUGAGUGCAUUAAAUUAAAUUUAUAUUGUA